AUGUCUUCCACCGAUUACAAGUUCGAGGGCUGGAUGGGUCUCGGUCCUGAGGCUGGCCAGGGAAAGAUGGUCUGGCAGGAGUUUGAGCCCAAGCCUUGGGAAGAGACCGAUAUUGACAUUAAGAUCUCUCACUGUGGUAUCUGUGGCUCUGACCUGCACACUCUUCGCAGUGGAUGGGGGCCUUCCAACUACCCCUGUUGUGUCGGCCACGAGCUCGUCGGCACUGCCGUCCGCGUCGGUUCCAAAGCUGAGGGCGGUAUCAAGGUCGGUGACCGUGUCGGUGUCGGUGCGCAGAGUGCUGCCUGUCAGAACGCUGAUGGAAAGUGUGAGGCUUGCGCCGCUGGCCUCGAGCAGCACUGCAACCGCAUGGUCGGUACCUACAACGGUACCUACGCCAACGGUGGCAAGUCGUACGGUGGAUACGCCACCUACAACCGUGCUCCCUCCCACUUCGUUAUCAAGAUCCCCGACGCCAUCUCCUCCGCCGACGCUGCCCCCAUGCUCUGCGGUGGUAUUACCACAUACUCUCCCCUGAGACAGAACAACUGUGGACCCGGCAAGUCCGUGGGUAUUGUCGGUGUUGGCGGUCUCGGUCACUUCGGUAUCCUGUUCGCCAAGGCUCUCGGUGCCGACCGUGUCGUUGCCAUUUCUCGCAAGUCCGACAAAAAGGAAGAUGCGCUGAAACUCGGCGCUGAUGACUUCAUCGCUACCGGGGAAGAUGCCGACUGGGCUACUCGUCACGCUCAGUCUCUCGACCUAAUAAUCUCAACUGCUUCCUCUUCCAAGAUGCCCAUUGCUCAAUACUGUGGUCUGCUCCGCUUCCGUGGUACUUUCGUCCAGCUCGGUGCCCCCGAGGAUGGUGCUCUUGAGAUCCCUGCCUUUGUUCUGAUUCCCAAGGGUCUGAAGAUCGGUGGCUCGAUGGUCGGCAGCCCUGCUGAGAUUCGUGAGAUGCUCGAGCUCGCUGCGGAGAAGGGUGUCAAGCCCUGGAUCCAGGAGCGCCCCAUGGCAGACGCCAACCAGGCUAUCUUGGAUAUGGACAAUGGUGACGCUCGUUACCGCUAUGUCCUGACCAACUAA